AGGCCGGAAGCGCGGGGCGUGUCGCUCUGCAAGUGCUUCCGCCUCCGCCGCGGCCCCGCCUUGGGGGCGGCCGGCGGUGGCUUCCGGGUCGGCGCCGCCGCUGUUACCGGCACCAGGAGCGACACCGAGCGCCGCUGCCGCCAUGAACCGCUUCUUCGGCAAAGCGAAGCCGAAGGCGCCUCCGCCCAGCCUCACCGACUGCAUCGGCACGGUGGAUAGCAGAGCUGAGUCGAUUGACAAGAAAAUCGCCAGGCUUGAUGCAGAACUAGUGAAGUAUAAGGAUCAAAUGAAGAAGAUGAGAGAGGGGCCUGCAAAGAAUGCAGUAAAACAGAAAGCAUUGAGAGUGUUAAAGCAGAAGCGAAUGUAUGAGCAACAGAGGGAUAAUCUGUCACAGCAGUCUUUUAAUAUGGAACAAGCUAAUUACACUAUUCAGGCACUGAAGGAUACAAAGACAACGGUUGAUGCAAUGAAACUGGGGGUGAAAGAAAUGAAGAAAGCUUACAAGCAAGUCAAAAUUGAUCAAAUUGAGGACAUACAAGAUCAGUUGGAGGAUAUGAUGGAAGAAGCCAAUGAAGUCCAGGAAGCACUGAGUCGUAGCUACGGAACACCAGAGAUUGAUGAAGAUGACUUGGAAGCAGAACUGGAUGCGCUGGGUGAUGAGCUUUUAGCUGAUGAAGACAAUUCCUACUUAGAUGAGGCUGCAUCUGCUCCAGCAAUCCCAGAGGUCACUCCUACUGACACAAAAAACAAAGAUGGUGUACUGGUGGAUGAAUUUGGAUUGCCAAAGAUCCCCGCUACAUAAAUGUUUCAGAAGGACAAUGGAUAUACUGAACUACACUUUACAAAUCUAAUUAAGAUUUUUUCUUCUUUUUUUUUUUAAAUCCUGGAGAACUUGUCCUUCCAGUGUAACCUUAAUAUCACUACAUCCUAGAGUGCAGUAUGAACGGCGGUGUUCUUUCUUUGAAGAAACUUGUUCUGCUACUGACUUUCCUGUUGAUGGGAAGUUGGGCGCAGUUCCCUCCAGUGCAGUCAGUCCAGCGGGUUUUCAUUUCCAAGUCUUACGGACAAGGUGACCGGUGAAGAGUAGUGGUGGCUGUGGAUAGCCGAGCUUUAUUUUGACUUUGUUAUUAUGUUUCUCUUUCUCGAAACUAAGAUUGUAUGUUGCUGCUUGCUCUCUGUAAAAUAGCUCCCUUAUUACUAUGCUUAUUUGAUAAAAGAAUUGAAAGUGAUUUUUAAACUACUGCAGUCUUGAGACUUUUAUGCCAUCGCACUUGUAACCGUAUUGGCAGCUGUAACCAUAGGGUUAUUGUUGACUUUAUGUAUUCUUGGGAGACAUAAAAUCACGUAGAUUAGCCCA